AUGGACGCCGGCCACGUGGCAGCUGACGUGGUGCGGGCGGCGGAGGCGGCGGUUCUAGCGUGGUGGGCGACAGCGGCGACGUGGGUGAAAUGGCCCGUUGCGAUCUUCCUACCACUGUUCGCGGUGGUCAACAUACUGUUCGGGGCAGCAACAGCAGCCGACCUCGCACCCCUCUGGCUGCUCGGCCCGCUCCUCCUCUCCGCCUCGCUCCGCCUCUCCCACUCCCUCCUCCAACUCUCCCUCACCCUUCUCAACCGCACUGCACCGCAGCGCCAGCUCCUUCUCACUCACGCCACCGACCUGGCAGGGUACCUUCGCUCCGGAAACGUCCCAGAAGAUGUGAGGAAGCUUCUCGGGAAGGUGCAGGAGGAGGUGGAGGAGAAGAGGCGUAGUGCGUUGUCUGUAGUGCAGGAGAGGCGGGCGGCACUGGUGGUGUACGUGAACAGUGGGCGGAUGGCAGAGGACGUGCAGUCCAAGGCAGAGCGGUGGGCCGUGGCGCGGUGGGAGGAGCUUUGUGAUUGGACCAUCGUGCGAGCAGAGGAUGCGUCUGAUUGGCUGAGAGUCACGCAGAGACGGUUGGGCAAGGUGGUGGAGAAGGUGUUCUGA